AAGUGAGAGCAGGCUGUUUUCUUCCCCCAAAACAACUCUAUAAACCUCAUCACAGCUUCCAGGAUGCCCCCACCUUUCUAGUUUGGAGACCGAGUGUACUCAUUUCAGACCAAAGGACUGAGCAUGCAGACCACCCUCUGAGGCAGCCCUGGUCUAUGCUAGCCCAUGGCCAGUUUAUUUUCUGAUCAGUAAAGAAAUCAGUAGAUGCUCACUCCCCAGGUCUGGCCCUCCCCAGUCCUGGUGAUGAUGAUGAAUAGGGUCCAGCAUCCCUGUGCUUUGGGAGUGAGGCUUCACAGUUUUUCCUAUGGCAGGCCCAAGGAGUCCAGCCUAGCCCGACGUGUUCUGAUUGAGGCAUGGUAUAAAGAAUGAGACCCAGGUUCCCAGCCUCAGCCUCCCCCGAGUAUGAGAGCUGGUAUCAGUGUGAGAGAGCUUAAUCAGCACCAAAGACCCUCCCUCAUGAGAGCUACCAUUCUGCCCAAGAGGGGUGUGUGUGUGUGUGUGUGUGUGUGUGUGUGUGUGUGUGUAGCCAGUGUCUUUCCCAACCAUUUUCCACCUUAUUUUUUUGAGACACAGUCUCUCACUGAACCUGUAUAUUAACAAUUGUCUUGGCUGGCCGGCUGGCCAAGUUGCUCCUAGAAUGUAUCUCUGUGCUCACUCCAACUCCAAGUCCAGGCUGCUGCACCCAGCAUUUACGUAGGUUUCUACCUAGUGUUUAUAUGGGUGUGGGGUGCCAAACUCAGGUACUAAUGCUUGUGUGGAAGGCUUGUUACCGAAUAAGACAUCUUCCUAGCCCUACCCAGAGGCUAUUAAGUGAAUCUGAAGUGGUCCACCAAAAUCAAGAUGUGCUUCUUGGCAACAGAGCUGUACGCUGACCACAUUACCUCCGUUGCACUCAGGCUCAGAGCUACCCAGGAAGGAAGCCAGCUGCUCGGUGACUCAAAAAGGUGAGUCCCUACCUUUGCUACAAGCCCACAGAGUCUGCAGUAUGCACUAAAACCUUUCUAGGCACUGAGUCAGAACCGCCCAUGCAUUUCCUCAUCGUGUUCUGUUUGGGACCUAGGGACCUUUGGGUCUAGCUCUGAGCCCCUCCCAUCCUGUUGGAGCUGUGGGAGCCUGAACCCUGUGUGUGACUGACUCGUGGGAGCAAAUGGGAGGUCCUCAAGGGAACAUUGUCCUGCAGGAAUGUUUGUGCUGAACACUCCAGGUUCCCCUAGUGCCCACCAUGUAGCACAAAAUCAACAACUAUCUAAGUGUGCCUGGAGUGGCUUGUGGAAGCUUGAGGAGGAAAGAGACAGCCUCAUCGUUCCAAUGCUUUUCUCUAUAAAAUAUUUGUUAUUACCAUGAAGCGUGGCAGACACUGAACCUUUAUCAAGUGAUCAUGUUCAACACAAGCCAUGGUGCCUCACCUAAAAGAACAAGCAAUCGCCCCACCAUGAUGUUUCCUGAAGAGGUGAAGACCGUGGGUAAAAUAAUCAAGAAACAUUCCUGCUUUGUGGUCUUCACAGCUGGACAGAUCACAGGGUUGUUUUUUUUUCUUCCUGGAGCAUACCAAAGACUGGCUCAGAAGACCUUUUAUCUGAAUGGCUUAAGGAAACGAUGAAUUUCACCGAGGCCAACUACGGAAUGGAAGAUUAUACUGGCUCAGAUUACUCUAUGUUUCCAGAGACCGAGCCAUGCUCUCUGCAAGAGGUCAGAGACUUCACCAAGGUGUUCGUGCCAAUCGCCUACUCCUUAAUCUGUGUCUUUGGCCUCCUUGGCAAUAUUAUGGUGGUGAUAACCUUUGCCUUCUACAAGAAAGCCAGGUCCAUGACUGACGUCUACCUAUUGAACAUGGCCAUCACAGACAUACUCUUUGUCCUCACCCUACCAUUCUGGGCAGUUACUCAUGCCACUGACACUUGGAUCUUUGGCAACACGAUGUGUAAACUGAUGAAAGGCACGUAUGCGGUCAACUUUAACUGUGGGAUGCUGCUCCUGGCCUGUAUCAGCAUGGACCGGUACAUUGCCAUCGUCCAGGCGACCAAAUCUUUCCGGGUACGCUCCAGAACACUGACGCACAGUAAGGUCAUCUGUCUGACGGUGUGGUUCGUUUCCAUCAUCAUCUCAAGCCCCACAUUCUUCUUCAACAAGCAAUACAAGCUGCAGGGCCGUGAUGUCUGCGAGCCUCAGUACAAGCUCGUCUCGGAGCCCAUCACGUGGAAACUGCUGGGCAUGGGACUCGAGCUGCUCUUUGGCUUCUUCAUCCCUUUGCUGUUUAUGGUGUUCUGUUACCUGUUCAUCAUCAAGACCUUGGUGCAGGCCCAGAAUUCCAAGAGGCACAGAGCCAUCCGAGUCGUGAUUGCUGUGGUUCUCGUGUUCCUGGCUUGUCAGAUCCCUCACAACAUGGUCCUCCUCGUGACUGCAGCCAACACGGGCAAAAUGGGCCGCAGCUGCAGCGCCGAGAAAGCCCUCGCCUACGCCAGGAAUGUGGCUGAGGUCCUGGCUUUCCUGCACUGCUGUCUCAACCCCGUGUUGUAUGCCUUCAUUGGACAGAAAUUCAGAAGCUACUUCAUGAAGAUCAUGAAGGAUGUGUGGUGUAUGAGGAGGAAGAGCAAGGUGCCUACCUUCUUCUGUGCCCGGGUUUACUCAGAAAGCUACAUCUCCAGGCAGACCAGUGAGACUGUAGAAAAUGACAACGCAUCGUCCUUUACCAUGUAACACGAGAGCACAAAGCAGCAUGCCCCGAAAGCCUUUGUGAAACUUGCUAUUACAUGUGAAAAAAUAAAAAAGAGAGAGAAAAAGAGAGAAAAAAAAAAGAAAGUAAAAGAAACCAUAUCCAAAUAUAUACAGUAACUAUGGAAAUGCAGCAAAGACUUCCUGCAAGAUCAGAACCGGUCCGUGGCGCUGUCAGUCAAGUUCUCCCAGGUGUGGUUGACAAGAAACAUUGUAGCUCCCCGGGGUUGGCAUUUCACAAAAUAAGACGUGGGAACUGCUGGAUUACUGCCAAGUGUUUAUGAACGGAAACAUACUCCAAAAGGUUCAUGAAGGGGAUCACAGACCCAGUGACCCCUAGUGCCCCUAGUACAAAACAAGGAUGUUCCUUGGGAAAUCAACAAAAGUCCCCCCCCAACCCCGUCCCCACCCCCCACCCCGUAACUCAUAUCAGGCAGAUGGCAAGUCAAAGAUCCCGUACCCAGUUCCCUUUUAUCUUCUUAGCAAGCACUAGGCUGUGGAGGAGGAAGGGGGGGGGGGGGACAAACAUCCACAAACUGGAGCAUCAACCUGGGGGGGGGCACGAACCAAGGAGGAAGUGGGGUGCCUGGGCUUGCUACUGGCACGUGAGCUUGCUUCUACAAAUGGAAGCGUUCUCUGUGGUUCCCCUUUCCCCUCUGAGGUGGGCGGAGUCUGGGGAAGCAAGCGAGUAUACUGCUCAGGGCUGGGCUCUGGGUUUAGCAGACUCUCGCACAGUUUACCAUUCAUCCCAUGGGAUGGGAGGUUGUGGGGAGUAAACCUGGCUUGUCUGUAGUUGAAAGUGCUUUUCUUCCGGUUCUGAGAUGGAAGUGAAGAUCCUGGUCACCGAGAGCUUCAAGUUACUCCAAGCUUCAAGAACAGUAGGAAGCAUGCUGGCCUCCGAGACCGAGUGGAAUUUUUUUUUUUAGUUAUGUAAAUUGGAAAUCGAACCUAGGGUUUCACAUAAUGUUUUGCAAUUGUGCUACCACUGUGCCAUACUCCAGUGCCUUUUUGCAUCUUUCGUUUAGAGAGAGAUAGGGACCCGCUAAGGUGUCCAGGCAGGUCUUGAACUUGGCCAUCCCAGAGCCUCAGCUCUUCAAAUAGCUAGGAUUACAGGCCUGUGCCACCAUGCUGGCUCUCAGACUGGUCUUAAGGCAACUCUUCCCGAAGUCAUAGUGAGUCAUAAAACCAGGUUUCAUGGUACUCUAGUUCUUAAAGGGAUGUGUGAGCAGAUGGCCAAUAUGACUGGAGAUGCGGAAACACAAAUCUCAUUACAAAAAUGGCUGCUGUGAGUGCCAGGAUACUGACGUGAUCUAUUCUGAUGCACGGUUUGGAAGCUGGAUGGUUAGUGAACUGUCGGAACGCCUUCGUUGCCAUCUACAGUGAGUGAGUAAGUGAGUGAGUGUAUGCACGUGUGUGAGCGUGCGUGUGUGCGUAGCUAGACUGGCAGGUCAGAGGAGCCUGGUCUACUUACUGUUGCUAGCACUGGGAUUCAAAGGAUGCACCACCACCAGCGGUUUUUCUUUCUCUGUUGUUACGUAGAUUCUAGGCAUCGAGCUGGUCUUUGUGCUCGCAAGCCAAGUGCUUUGCUGCCUCAGCCAUCUCCCCAGCCAGCAUUGGAAACAUAAGUCUUUAGCGUACUCCCGCCUUUUCCCACAUUAAAAUAUAAACUUAUGUACAAGCCUUAA